AUGGCUGGUUCUGCCUCCCCCACUGCUCGUCCCCUCUCCACCGUUUCUUCUUCUUCUUCUUCCCCUCUCUCGGCAGGACAGACACAAACACUUCAAUUCCCUGCUCGCUUACCCUUCCAUCCAACAACCAUCACCUCGUCCACACCUCAGUCUGCAGCCGCACACCGAGCUGCCCAACUAAACAGACACUUCAGCUCCUCCGCGUCCGCUCUGUCGUCGGACCCCGUCAACCCCGCCAUGUCUUAUUCCGUCCGCAAAAUCGGCGCCGUCAACACUCUCGAGCACCGCGUGUACAUCGAAAAAGAUGGCGUCCCCAUCUCUCCUUUCCACGACAUCCCUCUGUAUGCCAAUGAGCAGCAGACCGUUUUGAACAUGGUCGUGGAGAUUCCUCGCUGGACGAACGCCAAACAGGAGAUCUCCAAGGAGGAAUUCCUCAACCCAAUCAAGCAGGACACCAAGAAGGGAAAGUUGCGUUACGUCCGCAACUGCUUCCCCCACAAGGGUUACCUCUGGAACUACGGUGCCUUCCCUCGCAAGACCUGGGAGGACCCCAAUGUUGUCCACCCAGAGACCAAGGCCAAGGGCGACAACGACCCGUUGGACGUUUGCGAAAUCGGUGAACUUGUUGGCUACACCGGUCAGGUCAAGCAGGUCAAGGUUCUCGGUGUUAUGGCUCUCUUGGAUGAAGAGGAGACCGACUGGAAGAUCAUUGUCAUUGACGUAAACGACCCUCUUGCUCCUAAGCUCAACGACAUCGAAGACGUUGAGCGUCACCUCCCCGGCCUUCUGCGCGCCACCAAUGAAUGGUUCCGUAUCUACAAGAUCCCCGACGGAAAGCCCGAGAACCAGUUUGCCUUCUCCGGCGAGUGCAAGAACAAGAAAUAUGCGCUUGACGUUAUCCGCGAGUGUUCCGAUGCAUGGGAACGUCUGAUUGGUGGUAGCUCUCCUGCAGGAGACAUCAGCUUGGCCAACCUCACCAACACCACCUCGAAAGAUCUUGUUGACCAGAGCGCAGUCUCCAAAAUCCCUGCCGGCGAGAACCUGCCCCCUGCUCCUAUUGACGGCAGCGUCGACAAGUGGUUUUUCAUCUCCGGUGCCGCUGUUUAA